AUAUGGGUACGGAGAUACGAGUUAUGACUAUUUGAAUGUAAUUUGAGUUAAAGAUGUUGAAAUAUAAACCGAUUUUAUUGCCGUUUAAUGAAGCGCAAGUCGGAAGAAUUUCACACUCGGCUGGACCGGGUGAGUUCUACGUCCAGCUAACUGAUGAAAUACCGAAGCUUGAUAGUCUGAUGAAUAUGCUGCGAAUUGUGAAGGAUAGACUCAGUCCUGUUCAAUCCUUUCCUCAAUUAGGGGAAGCAUUGAUUUGCAUCUUCAAGGACGACGGCAGUCCUUACAGGGCAACAAUGAUGGGAGCAUCUCAGAAGAACCUUCAUAUUCAAGCGUUUUUCUGUGAUUAUGGAAACUAUGACGACGUGCCUUUGAAUCAAGUGUUCCCGCCAUUCAAAGAGAUCAUCGAGCUUCCACAGCUCUGCUUUGAAGCGACAUUCGACCUGAAGCGCCAGUGGACACGAGACCAAAUUGAGACAUUUGACAAACAGUUUCCUCUAAACAAAGAUUUCUACUUCAAGGUCAUCUCGUCGACCGGAGCAUUGAAUGAACUUAAGUAUCAGAUCAGCGUUUUCCAUCCGAAGCCAGAGCCACCUGUAGCAUCUCAAGCAGCUGCGGCCUCUAACCGAGAGUAUCCAGCUUCACCAAGGUCGGCAUCAUCUAUGUCAUCUCCGGGCAUCGCGUCUAGUGCCAGAACGAAGAUAUCGGAUUUCACGCCAAAGAAUCUGCAGAUCGGAAAUGAACUUCCAGUAUCGCUGGUCUCAGUAACAAGCUUCAACAGCUUUGGAGUUCAACUGACGAACAAUAGCGCGCAGUUUGAGGCUGCGAAGAAUGAACUGUUUGAGUUUUUCAAUGAACCAGCGAAUCGAGAGCCACUUAAACUUGUCACUGACAAUGUUAAGCCCGGCGAUGUGUUUGCUGCGUACGUGGAGACAGAAGAAGAGUGGGCUCGUUGCUAUGUCUCAAAUAUCCAAGGAGGAUCAUCGUUUAACCUUGUCAACAUAGACUAUGGAGAUUCAUUCUCGGCUGAAUUGAAAGAGUUGUACGAGCUUCCGAUUUACUUUGUCAAGAAAUGUCCAGCCGAAUUGGUGAAAUGUACUCUGCACAAUGUGGAUAACCCUGUAGGAAGGGACGGUUCUCGCUUGUCGCACAACGACUUCAAUGAGUUAGAGACUCUAUUUGACCAAUUGGCUAAGGUUACAGAUUUGUCGAUAAACAUAGUUCAAGAAUCCGGGACCACAGCGCAGAACCGGGAGUACUCUGUCAUUUUAAAAAGUAAGAAGCCAGCUAGUGCCAGAAGUCCAACAGCUGUUGCUCAAAACGUGAAUGAGUUGAUGAUCACGAAGUUAAACCAGAUCAAGGAGCGAAUGUCAAGUCAAUCGGGUCCGAGUUCGGUAGCAUCUCCGGGCAUACCUGGGGGUCCGGUGGCUUCAGUGAUGCAUCUGCCGACCCUGGCGCUUCCCUCGGUGGGCUCAACAGUGAAGGCAGGAGUGGUGUACGCGCCUUCACCGAAUGACGUCUUCUUGGUACUUAGAAGAGACGAAGAUGACUUCUACAACAUUCAGAAUCGGAUGAUGCAAAUUUACGGAGAACAGGACGGGAAUAGAUUGGAUGUGAAACCAGGAGUAAUUUGUGCCGCCAAAUUCGACGCAGAUGAAUGUUGGUACCGUGCACGAGUUGUAAGUGCGGUCAACGACACCACUUGGUGGGUUCUGUUUGUCGACUACGGCAACAAAGAGACGGUCCAGAAAGACAACAUUCGUAAACUAGAGGGAUCCUUAUACCAGUACCCACCAUUGGCAAUUCACUGUCAAAUCAAAAAGAUUACCCAAGCCUUCUGGCAAGGUUUAGAUGACGCCAAGAAAGAAUACUUCCUUAGCAAGAUUGACCAGCAACAUUUUAUGGUGUCCUUUGAGCUAUUAGACGACUCUAGUGGAAAAUUCUUGAUCAGUUUAAUAGAUGAGUCUGGUGAAGAUGUUCUUAAAAUUCUUAACAAACCAGUUCCAAGCCCGAUAUCCAGCCCAAAACCAAGCGGACAUAUGUCACCUAAUGGGAAUUUUGAUGCCAGACAAGCAAUUAACGAGGUACGUACGAAUCAGCGGUUGUCGCCAAAAAGUUUCGAUCGCAGUCGGCUUGGCCCGAGAAGUCCUGGCGGGGGAAACAGACCUCCAAGUCCGGGAAAAGCACAAAUUGGACCACAGUUCGGCGGUGAGAGAAGUCCAGGAUUUGGAAAUAAUCGACAGGGUGGACCAGGCUUCAACGCAAAUGAUGGUAGACCUCCUCGAUUGAAUCUAAGAGACGGAGCGGGAUCAAGUUUCCAGGGCCAGCAAGACAGGUCUUCAAGGGAGGGUCCCGGAAAUAUAGUUGAAAGAAGUGGAGGAUUCCAGUCACGUGACGGCAGACCUCCGCGAGACGGUCCUGGAAACAGAGGUGACAGACCUGGUGGCUUCCAGUCUCGAGACGAUAGGCCACCUAGAAGAGACUUCAAUGGACCGCAAGGAGGAAUUGGUGGCGGUCGUCCUCAGCUUAACAACGAAGCUAGUGGCGAUCGUUCAUUCGGCGAUUCAAAAAUGGGUUUCAGGUCAAGCGAUAAACCAGCAUUUGCAAGUGGUGGUGGAGGCUUCGACUCAGGAAAACCGUCCGAGAACAAAGGAGGUUUCGCAGAUAGUAGGCCAAAUAAUAGAGGCGGUGGAUUUGGUGGAAACUCAGAGGAAGGUGGAAGACCGCCAAGAAAGUUCGAAAACAAUUCUGGGGGGUUCGGUGGAGAUCGGCCUCCAAGAUCGCAAGGUGGCGGAGGAUUCGGAGGUGGUGGUGGAAGUUUUGGAGGAGCAGGUGCACCCAAAAUCGGGGGAGGGCCAAUAAAUCCUAGGCAUUCGAGAAACUCAAGUGGAUCUUCAGAAAAGAAUCCAAAACCGGUACCUGCAACACCCCCGUCUCCCGUGGUCUCGAAGACUGGAAAAGGAGCACGACUGUACGAAUACGACUCGUUUCUGCCUACUGAUUCGUCUGUCAAGUGCAGAAUAUUUCAAGUUGACAGUCCAUCCUGCUUCUACGUUGUGAUCAACAGCGAAAUGACUAAAAUGAACGAGCUGAUCAAGAACUACCUUACAAUAAAUUCUGCUGAAGUUACAGCUCCGCAAUCAGUAACAGCAAACUUGGGCUACCUUCGGCCCUCCGCCCAGAAUAAAGGCAACAGAGUUGAAGUCGUCAGGGUCACAAAUCAAUCAGGAGACGGUCCAGGGACGAGUACUAGUACCUCAGGACAGCCUAAAUGCGAUCUGUUUUACUGCGAUACGGGAUACAAACGGAAAAAUGUUCCCCAGGAACAAUUGCUUGCUUUAAAUCAGGAAUUGUCGAAAAUUUGCAAGUUGGCGAUUAAGUGUCGAUUGCAUGGAGUCACUGGACCCUACCUUGAGGGCGAAUGGACCUUGUCAGGGUUCAAGUUUUUCAAAGAGGCCGUUGAAUAUGCUGAUGUUGAUGUUUCAUUCAUUUCUCGUGAUAAAUCGAAUUGUGUGACUGUUCAUGUAACAGCAGCUGCUGGAAAUUGCUCCGAGCUGCUCUUGGAAAAGCAAUUUGCUGUGAAGCAAGAAUCAGAUGAUGAACUCGAAAAUGCAAACCAUAAUGUCAUUCCAUUCAUAGAUGAAACUUCUGAUGAAGAAAAACUGAAACGUGGAAGAAUCUUGGCUUGUGAUUCAGAAAGUUUCUGGGUGUCAACUGAAAAUCGUGAUGCUCAGCUGGAAACUUUUGAUUCCAAGGUUGCCUCAUUUUUUGGAAAAAUUGAGCAACUGGAUCAAUAUGCGAUCAAAAAACCAGAACAGGGUUAUGUUUACUUGGUUGCUAGUCCUGUUGAAGGAACCGCAAAAGCCAUGAAACGUGGCGUUAUUUUGAAAUCGAUCAAAGAUGGAGACCAGAAAAAGUUUGUUCUGCGUAUGGUUGAUUCAGGAAGUUGCGAGCUGGCUGAGAAUGUAUACGCUUAUCCUCAGUCAAUUGCAUCGGAGCCAAUCAUGACAAAAAGCGUGAAUAUUCUGCCCAAAAGUCUGUUGCCACUAAUUUCACCCUUCACAAUGUUUUACCUGUCGCUUCCCGAAAUCAAAAAUGAAAUUUCGUUCCCACAAGUAGACAUGUUUAAUGCAUCAGUUAAUGGAAAAAAGGUUGGUGAUUUGUUGCUGGAAUUGAAUUCGAAGCAAAUUGUCGAGAAUAUUACCAUUGAAGCUGAUCAAAUAGAGCUGAAGGUAAUUGAAAUGCUGCAAUUAGAAGAAAAAUCUGACAUUAAUCCCGUAUUUUCGGCCAUUCCGGUUUAUGAAUCUGAAAAACUUGAUAAGUUGCAGACCGAUUUGAACGAAUUUUACAAUAAGCAUGACAAAGAAAUAUACCUGCCGAACGGUGAAAAGGCGAACCCUCUAACUUGUGAAAAAUGGGAUGUGGACGUCGGAUCAUACGUUGUUGUCAAGAAAGAAACUGACAAUGAAAGUUUUGAUUAUAAUCGAGUUGAAAUAAUCAAAAUCACUGAUGAAGAUAAUGUUCAAGUAUUUAACAUUGAUUACGGAUCCAUCGAAAGCGGGGCCAUCAAAAAUCUCCGAAAGUUGGUUCCUAUAUUCAGCGGUAAAAAUUGUCCGGCCACAACGUUGCAAUGUGUUAUUGUCGACACAGAUAAUGAAAAAGUAUCAGAGCUUGUUGAUACAAAGAUUAAAGUAGCUUUGCUGCAUUUGGGAAGAAUCAAUAUCGUCACGCUGGAUCUAGAAGCCGAGACGGCUAUUAACAUGGGAACAAAGUUCCAGUACCCGAAAAUGCCUGAAAUACAGCCGUUAAAGCAGCAAAUUAAUGUGACACGGUUUGAAACGCCUCUGAAGUUUGCUUACAACCUGAAAAGAUUUGAAACCGAAUUGAACAAUUUGAACGAGGAAAUUUUCAUUGGCUGGGAAGGUUUCGAAUUUGCUGACGACGAUACGGUGCUUUCUGAAGGAAACGUAGCAGAAGGCACGCUCCUAGCAUGCCAUGUGAACGAAAAAUACUACAGAGCCCAACUGAAAAAACAGGCAGAUCCGUCUUCGGAGAACAAAAUUGAGUUUAUUUUCAUUGAUUAUGACAUUUCUUCUGAAUACACGGAGACGAUGGAAUUGAGAAAGCUUCCGAAUUAUUUGGCCCAAAUUCCACCCCUUUGCUCUAAAAUUGAAAUCAGAAAUUUGGUUCCCAUUGAAGGAGAUUCAUUCGUUCAAAUCGAAAAUGAAAUAGCUAAGAAACAUAUCGCAGGCCACGUAUGCACAAUUGAAAACAUUGAAAACCCGGAAGUGAUGUUUAACGGAAAGACUUAUUCCGAGUAUCUCGUCCAGAAUGAAAUAGCCAGCAGAGAGUCGAAAGCAGAAUCGCUCUUGUCCAACUCGUCCUAUAAAUGGUCCCUGUUUGAUAUAGACGCCGAAAACACAUCACAACAACUUGCGGUUUCUGGAAUAGAUAAAGAAUAUCUUUGGGUGCAGAUUCAAAGUCGUGUAACCGAAAUUGAUAUUAUGCAGAAUCACGUAGCAGCAAUUUGCAACGAGAAAUACAUUUCAGAGCCUGAGUCAGGGUUGCGCCGUUCACUUGUGGGAAAAAUUUGUGCUGCCCGUUUCAGUGAAGACGGCAUGUUUUACAGGGCUGAGAUUAUUGACGCACAGAAAAAUGGGCCGAUUACAGUUCGGUUUGUCGAUUUCGGAAAUACGGAAGAAACUACCCAAAGUGAAUUGAUAGAAUGGAAUAAAGAUUGCAGCAAAGUGUUGGACGAGCCUCGUAAUGCGUUGCGAAUAACAGUGCCCAAAAUGUCUGAAUUAAUGAACUGGGAUGUCCUAAAUUACCUCCAAGAGAAUCUCUUCAUGCAAAAUGUGACCUUGAAAAAUGUGAAGGUGUCUCAAUUUGAAGAAAAAUUAGCAGCUUUGAGUGCUGAUGUUAUGUUUAACGGGCGGAAUUUGAUAGAAAUUGUUAACUUUGUGAAAAGUAAUCCUAAAGUUACGAAUGAAGAUUUGAGCAGCUUGAGGUCUAUUGAUGUGAAAGUUACGCACGUUGAGCAAAUACCAGAUGACGUUUUAGUACACAUUCAAAAUAUUGAAAAAGCCGCAGAACUAGACUCUUUAAUGGAUUCAAUUCGAAAUGCUUACGAGAACAUUCACCCCGAAAAAUUGCAAAUCGAGAAAAUUGAAGUGGGUGAUUUUCUGGUUGUGAAAUGGUCGGAAGAUGAAGAAUUUUACAGAGGUAAAUUGAUCGAAAAGUUGGACGACAAUCUUUAUCGAGUUUUGCUUAUCGAUUUUGGUAAUACUAUUGAUUGUGAUUUUAGUAAGUGUUGGAAAUUAGAUCACGCUUUGGCUAAACUGCCACCGUUUUCGUUUUGUUGUUCUCUUUUCAAUUGUAAACCCCUGCCCGGAAAAAUCGUUGAAGCCGUUAAAUAUCUGGAAACUACUUUACUGGAAGACGCUGAAGCAACUCAUGAAAACGCUGCAGAGAAGAAAUUCAAAUGUGAAAUCCAACUGCGAGUGUCGAAGCCAUACAGAAUUGAUUUGAUGGUCGGUGAAGCAUGGCUAACAGAUACCCUGAAAGAACUGGAACUAGCCGAAGAUGAAAACUCCGGAGAAUUUAAAUUCCCAGAAAACGUCAAGAUUCCUCCAGAUUCGCAAGAAUUCCUCUCUUGCUUUGCGCUAGCGACUCCAAGUCCAGAUAAUUUAGCUUUGCAAAUCGGAGAUGAAGAAAAUGUUAAAUUCUCUAUUCUUCAAGAAGAUCUGAAUCAUUACUACACUCAAUUCGAAGGCCAAAAAGAUGAAACUAUUGAUUUAACAGCAGACAAAAUUAUGGAAGGAAUGUUAGUGAUUGCAUAUGACAGCGAGUAUGAAUCUUUUUGCAGAGGCCAAGUCAAAAGUGUUCUUGAUUCUUCGUACCAAGUGUACAUGGUUGACUGGGCUCGUGAAACGUCGCUAGAGUUGAAAGAUCUGAAACAAAUCAAGAAAUGUUUCGCUGAAAUAAUGCGACCUCAAGCUUUGAUAGUUAAAUUGGCAGGAGUAAUACCAGAUGAAGAUGACAAGUAUUUAGCCUCGGAUGAAUUUGUAGUUGCCGAAGUUCUCGGAGAAAAUGAGCUACAGCUAACACAGGUCGACCAAAAUGAAGGCAGUUACCCAUCUGUUAAUGUUAAAAUACAGCCAGGAGAUCUAGAUUUGAAAGACCAAUUGAUCGAAAGUGGAGUUUGCAGAGAAAUAGGAAAGGAUGAAAUUGAAUGGCCGAAAAUAAGAGAAGGAAAUUCAGUUGCGACAGAAAUUUAUGGAAUUUCAGAUGAUACCAAAACGGAAGUCGUAGUAGCUUCGCUCACUAAAGAGGGAAUAUUCGCACAAUUUGAAAACCAUCUAGAGCAGGUCGAAAACCUUCUAACUGAAUAUUCUUCCAAUCAAAAGUUGCUAAAAAAGAUUGUUCGGCGCCCAAAAGUCGGAAAAUAUUGUGUGACCAAAUUUGUCGAAGAUCAGAAUUAUUAUCGAGCGCAAAUUGAAGAAAUUGUUGACGAGACUAAAGUGAAAGUUGUGUUCAUAGAUUAUCGAAACGAGCAAGUUUGCAACAAUUCUGAGAUUUAUGAAGUGACCCAAGCGCUUAUUGAAAUACCGAGCUGCUGCGUGAAGUUCCAAUUUUCAAAAGAAGUUCAAGAUUUGAUAAAUUGGGACGUAGAACAAGCUUUGACCAACUCAAUUACAAUCAAUGCAGAAGCUCCAAAAAGUUGUUCAAUUCAAAUCAAAGAAAUCAAUGAAGAAUCGCCCAUCGCUAUUGAGCUUUUCGUCAGCGAGGAAAAGCUUAUCGAUGAAAUUCGAAAAAUCAGAUCACACCCUAAAGUCAGUUUCUCUUCGUUCACAGAACCCGAAGUUGCCGAUAUGCUAGUUGUCAAUUUCGAGAACCUUGAAAAAAUGUACCUGAUUCCGAAAAGUAGUGUUGAAAAGAAAGAUAAAUUCAAUGUUGAAAUGACAAAGUUCUACAACCAUCUUUCGAAUCCGGAAGAACUCAAAAUUGAAUUUGAUGAUUUCGAACCGGGAAGUCACAUAGUUUACAAUGUCAUUCCAGAUGACAAUCCGCUGGAAAACCGGUGGUGCAGAGCUUCAGUUGAAACUGUUUCGAAAGAAGAUAGAACGUGCAAUUUGCGACUCCUAGAUACCGGUGCAUGUUUGAGUAACUGUAAAAUUGAACGGUGUCGGAAGCUAAACAAGGACUUUGCGACGAAAGAACCCACCUUUGUGACUGAGUGCAAACUGUUCCAAGUUGAAAAUACCUCGGCCGGAGCUGACAAAAUGAAGUCAAGAGUUUUGGAUCUGAUCAAAGCUUUCGAUAAAAUUCCACUCACGAUUUCAGUUUUAAGUAGAAUUUCAGAACCCCAAGCUAUAGAUAUCUACUUAGACGAAACGAAGGAAAAAACUUUGACAGAAGCUUUAAUUGGCGAGGAUAUCGUCCAGAUGCCCGAAAGCUGUGAAAAGUACCCGGAGCUUGAGUUUACGCAUGGAGCCAAGGUUCCAGUGACAUUUAUUCUCAGUGAAAGUCCAGUUGAAAUAAUCUUUCAGCUAGUUGAAUCCAACGAUAAGUUACUGAUUUUGGAAGAAGACUUGAGAGCUUCUUUGGAUUUCUUACCAGAAUUGGAAGACGGUGAGUUGAAAUCAAUUAAGACAUGUUUGGCUCAGUCGCCGGACCCUGAAGACAAUCAAUGGUACCGAGCUAUAGUUCUUUCUGUAGCCGAAGCCACGGAGCUGGCAACUGUUAAGUUCGUAGACUGGGGAAAUUCUUGCCAAGUAAAAGUUGCCAAUUUGCGCAAAAUUCCGAAGGAGUUCUGUGAACUUCCUGUGCAGGCUCUAAGUUGUGCGGUCGACGACAUCAUUCCCUUUGAAGGUACCCAAUGGGUGAAUGACGACAAUGAAAUCUUGGCUGAAACUCUCGGAAACGCAUCUGAAAUUUCGAUAACGCUCAAAAAUGAUUUUAUAUCUCAAUCUGAGGCUAAUGUAGUAGAUGUUACUGUUGACGGCGAGAAUUUGGCCGUUCAACUGGGAAAUGAACAAGUCGCACGCGCUCCUGGAAGUCCUGAAUCCGAAAUCAAAAAAGUAGCCCGGUCCAAAUUUACUUUGGAAGAUAAUUCAGAAUUAGUUGUAUGGGUGUCGGCAAUAGAGCCAGUGAAUUAUUUUUGGAAUUUCGAGCAGGAUGAAAAUGGAAAAGUGAUCGAUAUUGGAAGUUGGAAAAAGUGCAAAGUCGCGGAAAGUAUAUUAAAAGAUGAGCAAAGAUUGGAUAAAAAUUUCGUUUGGCUUCAACUUGAUAGCAAUGAUGAACAGCUCAAUGAGAUGAACGCUACAAUUACAAAGAACAGCGGGGCUUGCAGGAAACUACGAAGACCGAAAGCGGGUAAAAUUGGACUAGCAAAGUCUGAAUUAAUUGGAAGCUGGAUCCGAGUUGAGAUUUUGACUGUUUCGGAGAAAGAAGACGGAAUAUUAGGUGCCGAAGUGCGAGCGAUCGAUUAUGGACAUCGAGAAGUUAUUGAAAAUAUAGAUGAUGUGAAGCAACUUCCAGAGUAUUUAUACAAAAAACCAUGCUUUGCGUUGUCAAUGGCUACUGAAUAUUUAGAUCUGGAUUCUCUGAAUAUUGACACUUUAGAAGAGUUGCAAAGAAUAAUUGUUUUCAACCAAGAGGAGGAAGUAACUGUGCAUGUCACUUCAAUAGACGAAGAAGGGUACUACCCUGUAGUUAUUGGAACCCUGACUUUUAGAGAGAAACCUCUGAAAGACCUGGUAAUCGCAGAUUCUGUGCCGCUAAAAAUAGAACCGAGAUCUCUUGAAGAAUCCGUCUGCGACAGCUUAAAGACCAGGUGUAUUAUAUCUCAUGCUGAAAGUCCAGAAAGUUUGUGCGUUCAAAAAUCUUCAGCGUGGAGUAAAAUGAACUCAAUGUUAGAUCAACUGAAUAAAUUUUACAACGACUUGAAACCCGGAAGAUUUAUGCUUACAGAUAUAGAAUCGCAGAGCUUCUGUGCUUUCCAAGUUUCUAUGCUUUCAAAAACCAAAUGGAAACGAGGGCAAAUUAUUUCAAUGAAAUGCGAAAAUGGCGACGAAUGUCAAGUGAAAGACGUCGACACUGGAUUGUUUUUCAAUGUUCAAAAAGCAUCUCUCAAGAAGCUAAAAUCGGAAUUUUGCGGCGAAAAAGCUUUCGCUAUUGAAGUUGGUCUUUUCGGCGUCAGCUCUAGUAGCCAUGCAAACGAAGACGGCUCUAUGGAUGUUUCAGGAAGAAAGUUCUCGCCUGAGGAGUUUACAUCGCUAGUCAACGCAAUCGUACCUGCAUCAGGCGAGGUCCUGCUUUAUUCAAUGUCAUCAUUAGGAAGUUUAGAAGAAUCAAAACUUCCCAAAGUUUUAUUAGAAAUGGACCAAGGCGUCGACCUUUCGAUGUUGUUGAUUGAAAAGAAACUGGCAUCACGCGCUGAUAUUUCGAAAGACACUUUGGCCGAUUUGACGGAAAAGUGUGAGAAUGUAUCUGAAGGGUCGAAUGUUUCCUGCGUUUAUGUGCAAGUUGAAAGCCCAACUCGUAUUUUGCUUCAGAUCGAAUCAACAAACGAGGUUUUAAUUCAACUCGAACUGGACAUGACAGAAUAUUACAAAGUUGCUCAACUAAAGGAUUCGCUGAAGUUUGAGGAUGAUGAGUUAAAAUGCGAUGGUAUGUGUGCUGUGUUUUCUGAUUUUGACAAAUUGUGGCACAGAGCGACAGUUGCAAAAUUGAAUAGCUCCGAGGACCAAGAAAGCGAGAACAUUGAAGUGUUUCUGAUCGAUUGGGGAACAAAGGAAACUGUUUCGAAAUCUUCAGUAAUGCCGCUUCUGGCAGAAUUCGUAUCUGUUUUACCUCCACAAUGUGUUAUUGUUGAACUGGCAUCAAUAGUUCCAGACGAGCCUGACGAAGAUUGGAUUGAACCCGAAGACACAAAGAAAAUGGCGGCAAUUUUGGAAUCAGUAGAAGAUGCAAUUGUGACGGUGAAAGUAGCUAUGUUUGAUCAGAAAUCUCGGGUGGCGGUCGCCGAUAUUUUGCUGGCAGAAAACAAAAGUGUAUGCGAUAUUGCUGUCAAUGAAAGGGGAUUCGCUUCUUUCAAAGACAGUGAAAAGUCAUCCGAUCAAUUCAAACUUUACAAAACAGAUUUGGAAACUUUAACGAAGGCAAAUGCAGAAUCUAUAGAAGUAGAGGUUUCAAACAUGGACCUAAAAACUAUUUAUGUUUCGACAACUGAAAAUAAAGGCAAAGCAGAUGAGCUUCUAGAAAGUAUAAACAAGUUGAUUGCCGAGAAAAUUGUAUCGGAUUGUUUAAUGAAGGAACUUAGAAGACCGAAGGCGGGCAAAGAUUGUAUAGUUAUGGAAAAUGAUACUGCCCAAUAUUACAGAGCGCAAAUUGAGCGCAUCAUUGAUGAAUCGCAAUUGGUGAAUGUAUAUCUUGUUGAUUACGGAGUGUUUAACUUGCUGGACAAGUCAAAAUGUUUCCAAAUAACCGAAGGAUCUGCUCUUCAAGAGUUGGUGAAAAGUCAACCCAAGUUAAGCUUCAAGUUGAAAAACGAAAUUAAGUAUUUGGACAGCGAUAUUGAAGAUGAGUUCUUCGAGUUUAUCAGUGAUGAAAAUGGUGUUCCUAAAAUUAUGGUCAAAUUAGCCACAGAAGAUUUCGUAGAACCGUUUAAAAUUGCAGACAUAUCAGUCAAGGGCCAGGAAAUGUCACUUGAACGCUUCGCUAAAAGUUUCCACGAGCCUAUUUUUGAACUGAAAAGCGAAAUAUCGAAACUAGAAGAAAAUUCUGAAAUGGUUGGUGGAGUUUCCAUGUAUGCCUCGGAUCGUGUCUAUGUUCAAUUGAAAGCUGAUUAUGAUCAAAUUGACGCUAUUCAGGCAGACCUAGCAGCGAAAUACGGAACUGUAGAGCUUGACUCCAGUCAGAUUUCAAUCAGCUGCGACAUGGCUCUUCCUGGAGCGAUAGUUGCCUGCAAAUCUGCCCUUGAUGAAGCCUGGUACCGAGCAGAAAUCGUGGAGUUACCUUCGAAUGAUGAUGAUGAUGAAUUCAAAGUUAUCAUGAUAGAUUACGGAUUUGUAGACAACGUGAAAUUGAAUGCCUUGCGUGUUUUGGUUCCAGAGUUCCAUGAGUUUCAUAAAUUAGCGGUUCCGUGUGUGUUGACGGAUGUCGAUGAAAUUGUGAAAAACAAAGAUGGUGGAUAUAGUCACGACAGCGUAGAUAAAGUCAUCAAAAAGUAUGUUUGUGAACCAGAAACGGAAGAUAUAACAGCUGUUGUUCAUGACGCAAGCGAGACCCCUUGGAAAGUUUCUUUCAAACUCAGAUCUCCAGAUGGUGAAAAAACUUUGGCUGACCUUAUGAAGUAGAUCGAUAAAUCAAAAUUGCGCACAACUUAAGUUACACGGAAUUAAGUUACACGGAUGCUGUAUUUAUGCAAACUUUUCAAAACUUAACAAUCUCUUUCUUGAUAUCUCUUUUUUUCUCUCUUUGAUGCUAGUUUUAACUAACCAGUGAUUUUGAACAGAUCAGAUUUUGUCAGUAAAGUGCUUGUAUAAAAACGAGGUCAAUUUCUUCUGGCGCUGCUUUUUCUACCCUUAAAACUUGUGUCAACAGUAGAAACUAUCUAGCUUCGCGUCUUUUUAUAUUGAUUAUUUUUUUCUAAACGUCUUUGAAAUGAGAUCAGUGUCUCGAAAUUUGUUAAGACUUUUUCAGCGCAUAACUUUUAGCGUUAUUAACAAGCACUUUAUAACACUUACUUAUCUGUUAACCGUGUUUCUUGAUUCUGCGAAUCUAAUUUCUGUUGUAAUUUAUUUCGAACAUCAAAUUUACAUUGGGAGAAUGUCGAAUUGAUAAAUGAAACUCCGUACAUAUGAAUUAAAAU